AUGGAGAAGGAGAUCCAGUCAGUGUUGUCAACGCGUGACGCCCUCAGCGGAAGCUUGCACAAGCUACGUUUCUGGGAAACUCCUGUCAUUCGACCUCCCGACCUGAGAAACGAGGACGAGUUUGAGGACCUCAACGGCUUUAACGGCUCGGAGCUCGCAGACACGUGGCUCCUGGAAGAUGACGUGCAGCAGUUGCCAACAGAGGAGGAGGUGGCAAAGGAGCUUCCAGUUGGAGCAUUGGUUUUGCAACAGACAGCUGACAUUCAGCAAGGGAAGUCGCAGAAGCUCAACUUGCGACUCAAUCAUCAUUUGAUGGAGCUCUCCAUGAAGGCCAACGAAGCCGUGGGAAAUGCUCGGCGGGAACGAUGGAGGAAUGCGCUCGAGAUUACCCGAACAAGGUCGUCUACAAAGACUUACAGUAGCGAGUUUGAACGGUGCGAUUCUUGCACGAUCAUCCCUCCCAACUCCAAGUUUCGGAUUCUUUGGGACAUGGCCAGCGCCGCCAUGAUCCUGAUGGAUGCCUUCCUUCUCCCCAUCUGCCUGGCCUGGAACCUGACCCUGACACCCUUCCCGACUCCAAAUGUUGCCACCCACGUUGGCUUACAUAUAUUUGCAUCGGUUUCUUUGGUUUUCUGGCCGAUUGACAUCUAUCUCAGCUUUAUCACUGGCUUUUUCGUGCAGGGCAUCCUCCAAACUGGGCGCACCGCGAUCGCUUCACGGUAUAUUCACACUUGGUUCCUCUUCGACGUUUGCCUGGUCGCCAUUGAUGUCGCCGCCGGGUUCAUGAUGCUGCUCGAAGAGGAAAACCAGUCCCAAGAAUUUCUACAAUCCCUCCGAUCGGCCCGAUAUCUUCGAUUGCUCAGAACUCUGCGCAUUCUCCGCCUCUUGAAGGCAGGCAAGAUCAACCUCUUGCUCGAGAACCUGGUGAUAUCUACAGGUCGCCAAUGGCUCAUCCUCGCCUUCACCGUCGGCCGCAUGCUCCUGGCCAUUGGUAUGAUCGCCCACAUCAUGGCCUGCAUCUGGUACGGCCUCGGAAAGGCAGUGGCCGAGACGAGCGACAUCGACAGUUGGAUAGAGCUUGCGUCGAUCACCAACUCCACGGGCUACGUGCAGUAUGUCCAUUCGAUUGGGUGGAUCUUGCUGCCUCCAGCUCCGCCCACUCUCAUGGCUGACAGUGGCCUGGAGCACCUUAUCUCCUUGCUGCUUUUCGUGACAACGGCCUCGAAGCUGCGCUUUGUUCCAGCUCUGGGUUGGAAGCGGCGCGAGCUGCGAAUUUUCCUUCAGACCAAAGCCGUCCCAACUGAGCCGCUACUUCAGAUCAGCAACUUUCUGGUUUUGCUGCUCAUGCGCAUCAUGAGCUACGCAGAUUACAAGAUGGCGCGGCAGUCUCCGAUUGGUUAUGACAGCGCCCUCAUCUCGCCUAUGCUGCAAGCUGAGCUCGCAACUUUCCAAUUCGGAAGCAACUUGACAGAGCACCCGCUUUUCAGCCUGACUUCCAGCGUCUUCCCGCCAGUCUUCGCAGAUUUCUGCAGCGCGCUUCAAAAACGUUUCUACAGUGAGGCGGAAUCUGUGUUUAGCGUGGGCUCCCUUGCCGAGACGAUGUUUGUGACCAGUCAUGGCGACUAUGCCAUAGGUGUUGACGAGUCUGCAAAGCAAGUCGUUCGCUUCUCGGGCGCCCACCGCUACUUUGCCGAGGCAGAGUCCUUCGCGGAAGCCGCGAUCUCAGAUGGGCACAAACUGUCCCCGAGCUACCAUCAGUGCCUGGGUCUAGGCGUGCGCGUGAGCAGCACAAAUGCAAGCAAUGGGCCAGAAGCUGAUUAG